AUGUCAAAGGUCCAUACCACUAACAGCCGGAGCCCUUUCUCCGCUGACAUUCUGGCGGAUACUCUGCCGAGGAGUUACAAGCCCAUCUCCUUGGACUACGACGGAACUACUGAUCCGGAGGUGCACCUUAACCGGUUCGAAGGACUGGUUACACUUCACAUGUAUACAAAAGGCAUCAAGUGCCGCAUAUUCUCUACCACUUUAACUGGUCCUGCCCAGUUGUGGUUUGGGACGCUCGCCCCAAAUUCUGAUCAAAAUGAAACACUACGGGAGUACACUGCCCGGUUCAAUCUCGCUGCUCUGGAGGUGCUAGAGACGGAAUCACAGAUCAAGAAUUGCGCCUAUGUAAGAGGACUGAAGCCGGGGCUCUUCUUCGAUGAACUACAAAUCAGACCAGCCCGGGAUUUCGAUGAUAUCAUGGCUAGAUUGCCAGGGUACUUACAACUGGAGGACGCCAGGAUGGCGCGGAAGGCUGAAAAUGAUAAGCACAAGGCUAAAAGGGCCGAAGACGCACCAGAGCGGAACAACAGAAAUCAGGGUCCUUUCAGAGGGUUGCCUCCAAGGGAGGAGAUUUUUCACUUGAUCAAGAACCAGCCAUUCUUCAGGGCACCCAGGACUUACAGAGAUGGACAGCGACAACAGGGGCCUAACAACAAACUGUGUGAAUACCACAAUUCAUACGAGCAUUAUACCAAGCAUUGCGGGCAUCUUAAACACCAACUGGAGCUUUUGGCGCGUCAGGGUAAUCUAGACCAGUUUAUAGCCAAAUGGAACGAGGGCCAAGGUCAAAGGCCAGAGCAGGGAAAUGAUCGGAGGCAGGAUCAGGGGAAUAACAAGGAUCGUAGGCUAGAGGAAAACCGUGACAAUCGCAGAGGACCAGUAGAGGGUCGGGUACCCCCCUUCCCAUUCCGAAGAGAAGUACACAUGAUCUUUGGGGAAAAUGGGAUACCAACGUCCAAUAGAGCCAAGAAACAAGUCGUACGCGCAGUGAAAUCAGGGUGUUAUCCCAAACAAGUGAUGGGGAUUACAGAUGUAGCAGAGGAGUCAAUCAUCACCUUCGGAUCAGAGGAUUUGAGAACGCUUAUGUACCCCCACGACGAUGUGCUGGUGAUCACGGCCGACAUAGCCGGUUGCAUUGUCCAUCGUGUUUUUGUAGAUUCAGGCAGCGCAAUAAUAUUCUAUAUCUGGAGUUUCUCCAGAACAUGGGGAUCGAAGUCAACAUCGAACCAAUGA